CUUACCGUUAGCCGCGUGCAGCUCCCGGCCGCUAGGAGGAACAAGGAGGGAUCCUUGUCCGGCCCUGGAGUGGAGAAGGAAGAAGUCUGCAUCCCAGCACCAGAAGGGAAUGAGGCGAAUCACAACAGGAGGAGAACACUUUCAGAUAGACUUUGAAGACUUUCUUUUCAUGGGUGGAAGACAUGACUUCGACGGCGAGCGACAGGAGAGCUUUUGCUCAUAAAAUCAGCCGGACUGUUGCAUCAGAAGUAAGAAAACAAGUCACCAGAGACUAUGGCUCACCUCAACUGUCAAAGAAACGAGGCGGCCCACACCCCCCUUUGCCCCUGACGGAGGUCGUGGAGCCUGUGGACUUUGAGGAAUAUGUGAGCAGUCACGCUCCUGGGGUGGAGCCCGGCCCCCUCAGACAGCUAAUGGAGUUCCCCCAGGAUGACCUGGAGCUCCUCCAGCUGGAAAAGGAGUGCACAACACUGGAGCCCCCCCUGCCUGAAGAGGACUCUCUGGAUUCCAGAGUGAGAGAUGCCUUAGCAGUCUACACAGAUGACUGGCUCAUCAUUCAAAGAAAAUAUCAGCGCUUCAGCACCAUGUACAGCCCCCACAGCUCCGAACGGCAGAAGGAAAGGCAACGAGGGCUACACAAACAGACCUUUGAACUGGACGAGGCUGCUGUUGCUGAACGCCAGGAUGAUCAGGAUGAUGCAAAGCGACGGUCCGUGAGCCUCGACGAGACUCCUCGGGGCAGCUGGGCCUCCAGCAUCUUUGACUUGAAGAACUCCUCCCCGGAUGAGCUGCUCCCGUCUGUACUGGAGCGGACAGCCCCCGAGGACAUGGACCGCCACAAUACAGAGGCACGCCAGCAGGGGCGCCACAGUGAUCUACUAGGCUUGUACCCACCACCUGAUGAGGACGAAGCAGUGGAGAGAUGCUCGCUCCCCGAAGCGCCCAAAGAACACUGUGGCCAGAGGAUCCUGGUCAAGUGUCUGAGUCUGAAGUUUGAAAUUGAAAUCGAACCAAUAUUUGGGUCUCUCGCUCUUUAUGAUGUCAAAGAAAAGAAAAAGAUCUCUGAGAAUUUCUACUUUGACCUAAACUCGGAUCAGAUGAAGGGGAUGCUGAAGCCUCACACGCCUCAGGUUGCCAUAUCAACACUGGCCCGCUCUGCUAUCUUCUCUAUCACGUACCCUUCUGCUGAUAUUUUUUUGGUCAUUAAGCUUGAAAAAGUUCUUCAGCAAGGAGAUAUUGGAGAAUGCUCUGAACCCUACAUGGUUUUGAAAGAAUCAGACUCCUCUAAGCAUAAAGAAAAGCUGGAGAAGCUUCGUCUUCAGGCAGAACAGUCGUGUAGCCGUCUUGGACGUUUCCGCAUGCCUUUUGCCUGGACGGCUAUUCACCUCUUCAAUAUUGUCAGCAGCGUGGGAGGUCUGGAUCGGUCAGAUCCAGACUCCGACUCUGAACGGAAGAGCCAUGGAACCUGGAAUGAAAAGAAGAAAAAAGGGUUUGAGAGGAUGAGCGUCGGGGACGAGAUGUGUAACUUUGCCACCUUUCGUCCAGCAACCCUUACUGUGACUAACUUCUUCAAGCAGGAAGGAGACAGACUGAGCGAUGAAGACCUGUAUAAGUUUCUGGCUGAUAUGCGCAGACCGUCCUCUGUUCUGCGGCGGCUGAGGCCCGUCACCGCUCAGCUGAAGAUCGACAUUUCUCCAGCGCCGGAGUCCCCUCAUUACUGUUUGUCACCAGAGCUACUUCACGUGAAACCUUAUCCAGACCCGCGUGUUCGUCCCACCAAAGAGGUGCUAGAGUUCCCGGCUCGAUACGUCUACACACCACACACCACCUACAGAAGUGUGAACUUCAGCAGUCGCCAGGGCUCAGUGAGGAACAUUGCUGUGAAGGUUCAGUACAUGGCUGGAGAGGACCCCAGCCAAGCUCUACCAGUUAUCUUUGGAAAGUCAAGUUCUGCGGAGUUCCUGAAAGAAGCCUACACUCCUGUCAUCUACCAUAACAAAUCCCCUGAGUUUUAUGAAGAAACCAAGAUGAAGAUUCCUGCCAAUCUGACAGACAACCACCACCUACUGUUCACCUUCUAUCACAUCAGCUGCCAACCCAAACAGAACACUCCUUUGGAGACCCCUGUGGGCUACACUUGGAUUCCUUUGAUGCAGCAUGGAAGGCUUCGCACCGGUUCCUUCAGUCUUCCCGUGUCUGUGGAAAAACCUCCUCCAAGCUACUCUGUGCUCACUCCUGAUGUUCAGCUCCCAGGGAUGAAGUGGGUGGACAAUCACAAAGGAGUGUUUAAUGUUGAGGUGAUAGCAGCCUCCUCAGUUCACACUCAGGACCCCCACUUGGAUAAGUUCUUCACUCUGGUGUAUGUUUUGGAGGAGUACUCCUUCCCUUUCCGUCUCAAAGACGUGAUCAUAACCGAAGCUAACAUGGAGGGCGAGCUGAAGGCCAGCAUGGCUGCACUGAGGGGGGCUCUGCUGGACACCUGUAUCCGCUUUUUGCACCAACUUCUCAACAAGCUCAUUCAGCUCAUCGUAUACCCUCCAGUCAUUGCAGGACAAAUCGUGAACCUUGGCCGAGCUGCUUUUGAAGCAAUGGCCUCAUUGGUCAAUCAGAUCCACAAAAACCUGGAAGGAAACCAGGACCUGCACGGGCGCAACAACCUGCUGGCGUCUUACAUCCAUUACUGCUUCCGUCUGCCCACUGCCGAGCCCACCAUGCCCCCAGCAGGCGUCUCACACUCUUAUGAGAUGCCAGUUCAGUAUGCUACGGUUUCCCGAGCAACGGGCCGGCCAAGCAGCCUCUUCCUGUCCCGCUCCAAGAGUAUAAGCAACUCCAACCCUGACCUGGCCACCACACCGGUGUCCCCUGACGAAGAAGUCCAAAGGAUUAUAGGAAACAAGGGCAUUGACCGCUCCCAUUCCUGGGUGAACUCUGCUUACGCCCCUGGGGGCUCCAGAUCUGUUCUACGCCGGAACCCCAACUCCAGCUGCGAGCUCAAGCAGGCAAGCGACCUCAGCUGCAAUCGCAUGUCUGCCUUUUUGGACAGCGUGGCCUUGUUUUCAGUUCCUGCAAGGCAACUUACCAAGAAGCUGCUUCAUGAAGAACUAGCCUUACAGUGGGUGGUGAGCACCAGCACCGUGAGGGAGGCAUCGCUGCAGCAGGCUUGGUUUUUCUUCCAGCUGAUGACCAAGAGCAUGGCUCAUCAUUUAUUUCUGACGUCUAAGCUGGAAUCACCCAGGCGCCAGCGGUUUCCUGACCGCUUCGUCGAUGACAUUGCAGCACUGGUUUGUGCUGUCAGCGCAGACAUUGCAAGCCGAUACCACAAGGAUGUUGAGCUGGUGGAGAGGCUGAACAGCAGCCUGGCCUUUUUUCUCAAUGACCUGCUGUCGUUAAUGGACCGCGGCUUUGUGUUCAACCUCAUUCGCACCUACCACAAACAGAUCGCUAACAAGCUUCACACGGCCCAGAAUCCCAGCUCCCUGAACGCUUUAAGGAUAGAUUUCACUCGAAUAAUCUGCAGUCACGAGCACUAUGUCAUCCUCAACCUGCCCUGUUCCACUCUGAGCCCUCCAGCAUCCCCUUCUCCUUCCACCUCCUCCACCACCUCACAGAGUUCAGCCUUUUCCAGUUUGUUGCAGGACCAGGGUGUGGCCACCAUGUUUGAUUUGUCAUUCCCCUUUCGUCAGCAGCACUUCCUGUCUGGCCUGCUGCUCACAGAUCUGUCACUCAUUCUUGACCUUGAGGGUGAAGGCGUGUUCUUCCUACAUAAAAAGGCCAUCAGUGCUGUUCACUCGCUCUUGUGCAGCCAUGAUGCGGAUCCUCGUUACAAAGACCCGCAGGUCAAAGCCCAAGUUGCUCAGCUGUACCUGCCUCUCAUCCCCAUCGUCCUGGAGUCGCUGCAUCAGCUCUAUGACUUCUCCGACUCUUCGCCUGCGUGGGCUCGCCAUGCCCACGCCGAAGAUGCUGACCCAGACAGCAGCAGCACCAUCAGUCAGUCUGUUGCUAUGGCAAUUGCGGGUUCCCCUCUGCCGCAUGCCAAAGUGAACUCAUUCGCACUCCCCUCAGUGGCUGGGCGGCAGUCCAGCUCGCUGUCAGCCGAGUGCAGCAGGACGCUGCUGGUGUGUUUCCUGUGGGUGAUGAAGAACGCAGAUGCUGCUCUUCUUGAGCGUUGGGUGUCUAAUGUGUCCGUCCUGCAAAUCAACCGCUUGUUGGACCUGCUUCACCUCUGCGUCUCCUGCUUUGAAUACAAGGGGAAAAAAACUCUGCAGAGGAUUAACAGCCUGACGUUUAAAAAGUCUCAGGACAUGAAGGCCCGCCUGGAAGAAGCCAUUCUCGGCACCAUUGGAGCUCGACAAGAAAUGGUCCGCCGCUGCAGAGCAGAAAGGAGUCCUUAUGGGAGCCAGGAGAAUGUUAGGUGGAGAAAGAACGUCAGUGUCUGGAGACAAAAUGCAGACAGAGUCGACAAGGGUAAGUCCGACAUGGAGCAGGAGUCUGUGGUGGAUGGAAACUUAGCUACUGAAGCUUCUCUGAUCGUUUUGGACACACUGGAGAUUAUAGUAAAAACGGUGGUUGCAUCAGAGUCUAAGGAGAGUGUUCUGGGGGGGGUGCUGCGAGUGCUUCUCCACAGUAUGGCAGGAAACCAGAGUGCCCUCUUCCUGCAGCAUUGCUUCACUACACAGAGAGCUCUGGUUUUUAAAUUUCCAGAGAUGCUGUUUGAGGAGGACACAGAACUUUGUGCAGACUUGUGCCUACGUCUCCUGCGACACUGCAGCAGCAGUGUGGGCUCUGCCAGAAGUCAUGCCUCUGCCUCUCUUUACUUACUCAUGAGGCAGAACUUUGAGAUUGGAAACAACUUUGCUCGAGUGAAGAUGCAGGUCACCAUGUCUCUUUCCUCGCUGGUGGGAACAUCGCAGAACUUUAACGAGGAGCAUCUUCGUCGGUCACUAAAGACGAUUUUGACGUACGCAGAAGAGGAUGUUGACCUGCGUGACUCACCUUUCCCAGAGCAGGUCCAGGAUUUGGUCUUCAACCUGCACAUGAUUCUCACUGACACUGUGAAGAUGAAAGAGCAUCAGCAGGAUCCUGAAAUGCUCAUUGAUCUCAUGUACAGGAUUGCCAAAGGCUACCAGAACUCUCCUGAUCUGCGCUUGACGUGGCUGCAGAACAUGGCUGGGAAACACUCCAAGAAAGGGAACCACGCUGAGGCAGCGCAUUGUCUCGUCCACAGUGCAGCCCUGGUGGCAGAAUACCUGAACAUGCUGGAGGACUGCCGCUACCUGCCUAUAGGCUGUGUUACAUUUCAGAAUAUUUCAUCCAACAUAUUAGAGGAGUCUGCUGUAUCAGAUGACGUCCUGUCCCCAGAGGAGGAGGGCAUUUGUGCUGGGAAGUAUUUCAGCGAGUCUGGCUUGGUGGGCCUCUUGGAGCAGGCAGCUACCUCAUUUACCAUGGCUACAAUGUAUGAGGCCAUUAAUGAAGUGUACAAGAUUCUGCUCCCCAUCCACGAAGCUAACAAAGACUUCAAAAAGCUGGCAACUCUCCACGGAAAGCUGCAGGAGGCCUUCAAUAAAGUCUGCAACCAAAGCUCUGGGUGGGAGAGAAUGUUUGGCACCUACUUUCGAGUGGGCUUCUAUGGCUCACACUUCGGAGACUUGGAUGAGCAAGAGUUUGUCUACAAGGAGCCUUCAAUCACCAAAUUAGCAGAAAUUUCGCACCGACUUGAGGAGUUUUACUCCACGAGGUUUGGGGACGAUGUGGUCGAAAUAAUCAAGGAUUCCAAUCCUGUGGAUAGAAACAAACUGGAUCCCAACAAAGCUUACCUCCAGAUCACCUAUGUGGAGCCUUACUUUGACACAUACGAGCUAAAGGAGAGGAUCACCUACUUCGACAAGAACUACAACCUGCGUACUUUCAUGUACUGCACUCCCUUCACCCUGGAUGGCCGCGCCCACGGCGACCUACAUGAGCAGUACAAACGCAAAACCAUCUUGACAACAUCUCAUGCCUUCCCCUACAUAAAGACCCGGAUCAACGUUAUCCACAAGGAGGAGAUUAUUCUGGUCCCUAUUGAGGUGGCAAUUGAGGACAUGCAGAAGAAGACGCAGGAGCUGGCCUUUGCCACCAACCAAGACCCCGCAGAUUCUAAGAUGCUGCAGAUGGUUCUGCAGGGCUGUGUGGGCACGACUGUCAACCAGGGCCCCCUCGAGGUGGCGCAGGUCUUUCUCUCCGACAUUCCUGAUGACCCAAAGCUUUAUCGCCAUCACAACAAACUGCGGCUUUGCUUUAAAGACUUCACCAAGAGGUGUGAAGAUGCGCUGAAGAAGAAUAAAGCCCUGAUUGGUCCGGACCAGAGAGAGUACCAGCGAGAGCUGGAGAGGAACUACAAUAAGCUCAAAGAGGCUUUGAGUCCUCUCAUCAACCGCAAGAUCCCCCAGCUGUACAGAUCCCUGCCAGCUCAGAGCGCUCAAACGCAACUGAACUCGGGCAGCAGGUCCAGCUUCCGAAGAGUCGAGUGUUGAGCUGCUCGCUAACUGGGAAACUACGCAGAGCCACAAGCACCGUCUCCAGCCGUCUGUUCCCCCUCCCCCGCUGCACCGCACGCCAACUGUUACAGGCUCACACACACACAGCUAGUUGUCACCUCUUUCCCCUGCUGUACCGUCUCCCCCAUCACCACCACUGUUAACUACGUAGGAAAAAAUCUCAACUGUUUAUACUGGAAGCUUAUCUGCCCUGUAAACAUUGUCACUUAAAACGAAGUUCCUAAGAGGCUGCGUUUAAAAAAAAGAAAAGCUUUCCAAAGUAAUCCACUCUGAGAAGACCCAAAGUAAUCUCUCUGAGCUGCUUUAAAUUGAGUUUUUACCAGAGUACAGCACCAAACAUUUACUGUCAAAUUAGUUUGAGCCGCAUCAUGUGAUUUUCCUUUUUUAAUCUGUUUGCAAGAUGUUCUUUGGUGUUUUUUUUGAUGAUUGUUUCUCUGAACUAUUGCUUUUAAUAGUUAGUCCAAAGAAUUUUUUGUUUUAUUGUCAGCAGACCAAAUAUCUGACAUUCCUCCUCCUUGAAGUUGUAACUUUUAUCUGCACAUUCCUCAUUUGUAGUACAAUGUAGGGUGUUGUUGGCUUCUUCUGGGAGUCGCAGGCCUCGUGGUUUUCAAAUAAGGGCAAAAGUCAAAACGAUGGGCUUAAGUCUUUUUUUUUUUUUUUUUUUUUUUUUUUU